CUCUUCAUCUAAUCUACCAUGCCUUCUGUUGCCAUGUUUAUCAACCAACCUUUCUUCAAUUAAUAUUAUUAUUUAAUCUUUUCAAUUUUCUUCUAUUUUUCUGUUUUUUUUUUCUUCACCAAGAUUGGGGUGUGGGAAUCUUCUAGACCCAUAUGUUUUUAGGGUCCUCACUCUUCUAAGGUUUCAGUUGUGACAUUCUCCAAGAGACUAGAGUAGAACAUUCAUUCUUUUAGUGGCUCUUUGAUGAUAUAUUAAUUCCUGGCUGUGAUUAUAUUACACAACAAAUGUCCUUCCGCAGCAUAGUUCGUGAUGUAAGGGAUGGAUUUGGAAGCCUAUCAAGGAGGAGUUUUGACGCAAGGCUUCCUGGCCAUAACAGAGGCAAGUCACGCAGUUCUGUCCACGAGUUGCAGGACCAGCCACCGGUUAUACAGAACAGCCGGUGGGCUAGCCUUCCGCCAGAGCUUCUUCGUGAUGUUAUUAAGAGAUUGGAAGCAAGUGAGAGUACUUGGCCUGGUCGCAAGCAUGUGAUUGCGUGUGCGGCUGUGUGCAAGUCCUGGAGAGAAAUGUGCAAAGAAAUUGUCAGCAGUCCUGAAUUCUGUGGGAAAAUUACUUUCCCUGUUUCCCUGAAGCAGCCUGGGCAUAGGGAUGGAACUAUCCAGUGUUUCAUCAAGAGAGACAAAUCGAAGCUAACAUACCACCUCUUCCUUUGUCUUAGUCCUGCCUUGCUUGUUGAAAAUGGAAAGUUUCUUCUCUCUGCAAAAAGGACAAGAAGAACAACUUGCACGGAGUAUAUUAUAUCAAUGGAUGCAGAUAACAUAUCGAGAUCUAGUAGUACAUACAUUGGAAAACUGAGGUCAAAUUUUCUUGGCACCAAGUUUAUAAUUUAUGACACUCAACCUCCCUACAACAAUGCUAUGCUGCCUCCACCUGGGCGCAGCAGUAGGUUUUCUUCAAAAAAGGUUUCUCCAAAGGUUCCUAGCGGCAGCUACAAUAUUGCCCAGGUCACCUAUGAGUUGAAUGUCCUCGGUACUAGGGGCCCACGGAGGAUGAAUUGCACAAUGUACUCAAUUCCUGCUUCAGCCCUUGAGCCUGGUGGUGCUGUCCCUGGCCAGCCGGAACUCCUUCCCCGUGCCCUUGAGGAUUCUUUUCGGAGUAUAUCCUUCUCGAGAUCAAUUGACACUUCAACCGAGUUUAGCAGUGCCAGGUUCUCCGACAUAAUGGGAACUGGCAAUGAAGAGGAAGAGGGAAAGGCAAGACCUCUAGUUCUAAAGAACAAGUCUCCAAGGUGGCAUGAACAGCUGCAAUGUUGGUGCCUCAACUUUAGAGGAAGGGUCACUGUUGCCUCUGUCAAGAAUUUUCAGCUGAUUGCGGCCACACCGCCAGCACCAGUAGCCAGUGCUCCUACAGGCACAGGGCCUACACCAUCUCAGCCAACGCAGUCUUCUGACCAUGACAAGAUUAUUCUUCAGUUUGGCAAGGUUGGCAAGGAUAUGUUUACAAUGGAUUAUCGAUACCCCCUCUCUGCAUUUCAGGCUUUUGCCAUAUGCUUGACUAGCUUUGACACAAAACUGGCUUGUGAAUAGUUUACAAGAGAUAUGUGGUAAGAAAAAUAGGAUUUAAUUUCCAUUUUAGAUAUUUGUAGAAAUGUUGAAGCUUCACUAAGUCAUUGUUCUUUCUCCUCAUGGUUAAACUGUAAAGUACGAAACAAUCUCUGCCUAGUGUAUCUUGUUUAUUUUGCUAUUCCCCUUUUUCUUUUGAACAUGUUUCUUUUUUUCCUGCCUUUGUUCUUUUUCUUUUGGACAGUCAAUUUAGUAUGCUUUAAAGUUUGAACUAUCUGUGUCAAACUUUGAUGAUGUAGACUUCCAUACUUUGUAAAGAUGCAAUGAAAAUGUAGUAUCAUUCAAUCUCUAUUGCAUUUUGAAGA